CCACAGCGUGGGUUAGACCACUGGCGGAUUUCUGUGUUUUGUAGACAUCUAUACUAGGCCUGGGUAUAUUAUAUACCAGAGAAUUAUAUAAAGUCUGUUUUACGGGGUUUGCCUGAAGAUCGUACAGGUCAUUGUGAUGGACUUGCCGGAGAUCUAUAUAGGACCUGGGUGACAGAGGUCUUCUAGAGAAGUACACUGUUACUGGUACCUAACAGAAAACUGUAAAAACCUGGGGAAUGGGGCAAAAUACAGUGCUUCUUGAAAUGAGGCCAACUAUAAGCUACAGAGCAAGGACAUCUUUUUUUGUGAGAGGUUUGCCAUCACAAUAUGACUUGUAUGACUGACAGGUAUUAACCAUGUCUAAACUGGAUAAAUGCUACAGCAAAUAACAAAGUGUGACUUUAUGCUGCAGAGAGUGACAGCAUCUGUCAUAGGCAUGGGGUCCUGGUGUCAUAUGUGAGGGACUCAACAGCUGAUAGGGGGAGGGAACUGGAGCCGUCCUUCCGAGGGGGUGAAGGGCAGGAUGGCAGCUGUUGUGGAAAAGUGCCUAUACUGGAUGGCUUUUCUCAUUUAAUGUGUGUCUAUCACUCUGUACUCAUGUAUUGCUUCAGUCUUUUCCAGUCUCUCUUAAUGGCUUGAUUUGUCCAGAAUUAUUUUGUGGCUCCUUCAUGUCACCAGUUCCUUCUUUGUACUUCAGCUAUAUAUUUGUGCAGCUUGUUUCACCCAGCAAAAUCAGAAUCUGUCUUGCCAGUCAUAUGCCACUGUCUCCGUGUUCCUUCUAACCACUUCCCUUGCACUUUUCCUACAAUCUACAUUCUGACACUGAAGAUGAUUUCUGUGAUUAGCUGUCUGUGUGCCCUGGUGAGUUUAUGUUCAGAGGUAUGUGCCCGUGUGGUGGGAAGUGUGUGUGUUAGGAGAGGAUAUCAUUUAUGGCUGGCAGCCCUGGUUACUCUGGCACCUCUUCUGCAAGGACUUAGCAACCCUCGAAGCAUCUUCUCCAACAGAAACAACUUCUUCAAUGUGAAGUUUGUUCAUUGCUCCUGUGGCUGGACCUUUCUUCUGUUAUCUGGAUUUGUCUUGUUGGUGUCAUUUGUGCCAACUGGUCGACCAUUCCUCACUGCAAUGCACCUUACAAGGUUGGCAGUUGGUACAGCAUUAUGCCAAGGGAUACCUCACCUCUUCCAGCUGCUGGAGGACUUAACUGGUUCCUGUCACCAGCCUCUACCACCCGGUACACUUCUCCUAACAAAACUAAUUGACAGAGCAAGCUGUCAAGCUGAGGGGCACCAGUGGCAAGGUUAUCACAUAUCACCUCAAACUUUCACUCUAACAUUAUGCAGCUUGUCAAUGGCAGAUGAGCUGGCUGUAUUUGUACGGUAUCUAAGAAGAGGCUACCCAGCUAGCACAUCUCUACGCCUAGUCUUCCUGUUGAAUGCCAGCCUCCUGGGAUUGUAUAACUUGUUAUUGGUGUCUACAGCCCUGUAUGCUCCUAGCUACACACAGUGUGUGGUGGGAGCUGCAGCUGGCACCUUGUGUUGGCACCUUACGUAUCGAAUUUGGUACCGUAAAUUUUAUUCACCUGGUCCUCCUGGUCACGGAAUAUUCCCUAAAGUGAGUGGAGGCAGAAAAGGUUUGGACCCAGAAGGAAGUUUGCAGUAACAUUUCAGAUGGAAUCUGCCUGGUGACACCUUUUCAACUGGCGUGUUCUUCCUGUUCAGUGGAGUGCAAAAUCCUUGGUUUUUUAUUUGCAAUAAUUGCCUUACACUACAUGCUUGGAAUCCUCAUUUCAUCACUAAAUAGACCACAGUUCACUUGCAAUCGGUUAUGCCAAAUUGUGCAAUCUCACAAAAGCCACAUUUUCACGUAUUAACCUAUCACAAUAGGUACUUAGUCAGAGUACAAGUAUUACUCUUGGAACAGAGCGACUGCAAAAAAAAAUGUAUUCUGCUUCUUUCGGUGGUGCAUACACUUUAAUUCUUUUAGAAUUUCCCUUCUAUACAAACACAGAUACCCAAAUAAAAACCUCAUGUUCAACCUUUUGGAUUAAGGAUACAGGGCCUGUCAGUGAGUUAUUGCCAUAACUCUAAAAUGGAUACACAUGUUUAAAGGAAUUAUGAAUUUCCAUUCAUAUCCAAUGAAUAUGAUUAUGGGGACAUGUUUUCCUUAAAAAACAAAAAAAACAAUGUUUAGCCUGUUACAUAUGCCAAAAAUCCAUGUAAAGGGAAAUGUUUUGGCUUAUAUUUAAGGAACCGUUCCGUGUAAAAAUGAAACUGAAUAAAAUAGUUAGACUGCACAAAAUAAAAAAUGUUUUAAUAUAGGUAGGCAAAAAUGGCUGAAAUGGGCAGAUGUUUAAUAUAAUUCCUAACAUGUCCCAUGUGCCCCCCCCCCCCCCAAAGUCACUGACUAACUAAAGGUCCCCAUACCCCUUAAGAUCCGCUUGCUUGGCGAUGUCACCAAGCGAGCGGAUCUACUACCGAUAUCCCCACCUAUGGGUGGGCGAUAUCGGGAGAAUCCAGGCUAAAUCGAUCAUUUGGCCUUGGGGCCAAACAAUUGAGUUAUAAAGACGGGUAUAGGCAAAGUUGGUUCGGGGACCACAUCAACAAGCCGAUGCGGUCCCCAAUCUGACUAGAUUUUUAAACCUGCCCAAUCAAGAUCUGCCCAAUUUCAGGCCAGAUGUCGGUCAGGCAGUCCAGUCGGUAGUGCCCAAACAUGGCGCGAUUAGCUGCCGAAUCGGUCUAAGGGACGAUAUUGGCUGCUAGAAUCGGCCCGUGUAUGGGGACCUUAAGAGAGCUGAAAGCAGGAAGUAAAGUUCUGGCUAUUAUGUUAGACAUCCAUUUACUCCAGCCUCUAUAGAGGCUAAAUUUAACAAAUUGAACAUUUUUUAUUUUGCACAGUGUAUCUAUUUUACCCAGUUUCAUUUUUACAUUGAACUUUUUCUUUAAAACAAAUGUACAACCUUGUCAGCAGCAGAUAUUAGUUUUGUCAGUGCCUUUUUAGUUUUGCUUUGUCUUUGGGUGCUUUUUAGGCUUAAAUAUUUAUCUAAUAAAUGUAUAAACUAAUAACAAUCCCAUAGCUUCCUGUCUUUUGAACUUUCUUUGAACUGUAAAAACAAAGUUCAAUAAGGGGAUAUAAAAUCCCACUAAAUGGCAUAUUCUGGCAAAUUUAUGUAAUAGUCUAUAUUUUUUCUGAGCUGACUAACUCCUGAGGAUUGCACUUUUUUAUAAUGGGGUUUGUUCCAAUACAAACAAUUUUGUUCACCUUAAAUUAAAAUUAUAGUAUAAUGUCAACAGUGAUAUUUUGAGCAUGUCUGCAACUCCUCAUUAUGUUUUAUUUUGUUUUUUUCAUUAUUUUCUUUUCUAGUCUGCCUUACACCGCAUGACAUAUACAUCUCUGAAUCUGAAGUUUAGAUGUUUGCUGUUACCAAUAUAGUUUAUCACCCCUCUACCAAGUCAUCUUUCUCUGCUGUUCAAACCACUAUCUAGCUGCUAUUUUAAAGAAGAAGUAAAGCCUGAAAAGGGAUAUGGCCAGAAAUGCUGUGUUUUAUAUACUGAACCUACCAUACUAGCCCACAGGAUCAGUAGCCCGACAACAGUAAUGAUCCAAUUUUGUCCACAGGAGCUCCCUAUCUUGGAUCCUGGUAGGCUGUAUUUUGUGGGCAAGUGGUAUUGAACAUGCUUAUUGCAAAAUUAGCAGAGUAUGAGAUUACAUCUGUGCCAUAGCUGCUGAAGCGACAGGGCUGACUAUUAAUUUAGACACUGAAACCACUGGUUUUCAUGAUAUCCUGUAAUUUUAGUCUGACUUAAUUACUAAUUAGCCUUGUAUUGUGAAUUUGAUAUUGUGUGUAAAUAUACAGUAUAUUGUCAGUCCAUAAGCUCAGGAAACUGAUAGAAACCAAGUGGAGGUGCUGUAAAUCAGUUGAAAAGAAGACAGAGUUAUUGGGGGCAUCUCCAGAAGCACAGAACUGCUAAUGUGAUAUGGCAACCAUGGGCUACCCAUAAUAUAAUGUCUAGACUAAUUCUUUGUUAAGCUUUAGUUCAACCACAUUUGCAGGAGGCUAUCUCUGUAGGUUACUAUAAUGACCUAUAAAAUAUCAUCAGAAGUGGCUUACAGGGACUAUGCAUGUUCUAAUGUCUGCAAUUUUUGUAGCUGACUAAAAUAGAAGGUUUGUACAUGACGUAACAUGAUUUGUCCACAUGCUAAAAACUGAAAUCUGUUUGUAGCAAGGUACAAUUCCCACUUGUGUCAUUGGCCCAUUGUCUCACUGUCAUUGUUUUUUUUUUGUCUGAGGAACUGUUUGUUUCAAUUAAAUGCAACAAUAAAUU